UUCAGGUAGAAAAUCCCUAGGUGUUAUCCAGCAAAAUUCUUGUAGGAAGGCAAAAUUUCAUAAUGGCUUCUUGUUGAAAAAAAGGCGGUGGGUGGCUAAGAAUUAACAAUUUCGUUACAAAAGUGGUGCCUGCUAGUUAACGCGAGUUCCAGGAGUAAUUCUAGAUCAAUUUUUUAUAGUGUGUAGUGAUACAUAUGCCUUUUCGAGCGGUGUCUCGUGUGAAAAGAUGCUGCUAGCUUUCAAAACAAGGGCUCUGUUUUUAGUAUGAAGAUUUGCAUACAGAAAAUUUAUAAAACUUGUACUAAUUAUAUCGUAAUUACCUCCACUUAUUCAAUGGUAAUCACUGGAGAUAACUGAACAAACAACAUGGCUCGUAAAGGAGAAUCUAUCCGGACCAUCAACGUAGCAGUAGUAGGACUAUCCGGAGUGGAGAAAGACAAAGGUCAUGCAGGAAUCGGUAAAUCGUGUCUAUGUAAUCGUUUUAUUAGACCUCACGCGGAGGAUUACAACAUCGAUCAUAUCUCAGUAUUAAGUCAAACUGACUUUAGCGGUAGGGUGGUCAACAAUGAUCAUUUUUUAUAUUGGGGUGAAGUUUUGAAGUCUUUAGACGACGGAACAGACUACCAAUUUAGUAUAAUAGAACAAACAGAAUUUAUAGAUGAUGCAUCUUUUCAACCAUUCAAAGGUGGAAAGAUGGAACCUUAUGUUAAACGGUGUACUGCUACUAAAAUUUCGUCCGCGGAAAAACUUAUGUAUAUUUGUAAGAACCAAUUAGGAAUAGAAAAAGAGUAUGAACAGAAAGUUUUGCCAGACGGCAGAUUAAGCAUAGAUGGAUUUAUAUGUUUAUUUGAUGUGAGUGUUGUUCCGAGUCGUAGCAUUGACAAGCAAGUUGAUUUUUGCGCCGCUAUCUUUAACAAUAUUCUCAAAACAAAAAAGCCAGUUGUAAUGGUUACAACAAAAAAUGAUGAAGCUAAUGACAGUUUUAUCAGGGAGGCCCACAAAUUAGUUCAAAGAAGUGAAUAUAAGGGAAACAUUCCAAUGGUAGAGAGUUCAGCUCAUGAAAACGUCAACAUUGAUUUAGGAUUUUUGCUUCUUGCACAGAUCAUUGAUAAAACCAAAGUUCGAUUGAAAAUUCCUCCCUACACUGAGGCUGCUCUUGCUAGGAAGGAAAUUAUGGAUUCAGCUAGUGAUGCUUUCAUGAGAUUGAUUCGCGUUCAUGUAACUGACUGCCACGCUCUGUGGUCACAAACUCAAAAGAAACUUAAUAAUCACAAAGAAUGGAUUCACUUUGUUCAGUUGUUUGGAUUAGAUGGGACUCAAAGACUGUUUAAGCGGCAUAUCAAGAAACUGAAAGAUGAACAAAUGGCUAAACAAGUGGCAAGAUACAUGGAAAUGCUUCCAGAUGUUUUACAUGAUCUGAUUCCUGGAUUUAAUACACUACAAGACACUGAUUGGACUUCUAUUCAACAGUACAUAAAAAAUCAUCCUAAUUUUUCACAGUAUUUCUUUGAACGUCCUGAGGAUAUGCCUUGGUCAGAGUGUGUAGGCUCAGAUAGCGAUGAGACCAGAAUACCAUUUGAUGUAUUAGACACCAGUGAAGCGGAAACGGUAUUUAAAAAUCAUAUCAAUGUCUUACAGCAAGAACAAAAAGCCAAAUUAUAAAAACAGUUUAAACAAUUGCUUGAAGACACGGGUUAUGUUACACCUGGCAAACACUUGAGUGAAGUUAGAGUCUUAUUUAUGGGGAGAGAAUGUUUUGAAGCACUUUCUGAACAUGAUUGCCAGCAAAUCUAUGAUGCACAUCAACGCGAACUAAUUGAAAACGCUAAACACAAUUUCCAAGAACUAUUGUUGGAACACGCAGAUUUGUUUUAUCAUUUUAAAAGCAUAGCACCAACAGGAACAAUUACUCAGGAUGAUAUUAAAGAAAUUACUGAUACUCUGCAAGAAGAUUUUAGGUAUAAGAUAUUAGAUCGCCUUGAUCAAGACAGAAAAUUAACUCUCUUCCAACAUUUGGGUUUUAUUCAUUAUCCUAUUAAGGAACACUGUCCAGCUUUUCCUAAUUGCAUGGACUCAUUAAUUAUGAAGAAUUUUGUGACGCAUAGACCUUCCUCCUGGAAUCAUAGUAAUCAAUGGUUAAUGAGUUCAGAGAAUAACCAACUGAAUUUGCUAAUUUUGGGACUAAAUAAUUUAGCUGAUAAUCUGGCGGCUAAAAUCAGAGCACAGUGUGACGAUGACGAAUAUGAAAUUGACUGUCAGUUUUAUAGCUUAGACUAUAGAAUCAUUAAUGGAGAUGUCAGUUUGCCACAUAAUUCUUUUAGAACUUCUGAUUUUAUACCACACGGUAGUUUCUGUGUAUAUUCAAAUGCAGAAUCAUUUGAAUAUAUCAGAGAAAGUUUGGAGAAAAAACUGUUAUCUAAUCUAGAACAGGAUGAUAAGUUACCUUUUCAAGGACUACCCAUGGAUUCUUUUAUUUACAAGAUUCUUCUGAUGAAAAUAACGAGAUUAAGGCUUAAAGAGGAUGGUCAAAAUUUAGCUGACUCUUUACAAUGCCCUUUUAUGGAAGUUUCUUUGGACCAAAUAUCAGAAGAACAACUAGUAUCCGAUGCUCUGCACCAAUUAGUUCAGAGUAUUCAUCACAGAUCUGGUUUUUUAAAUAUUAAUCAAUCCGUCAUUGAAUGUGUUGAGCCAGAUAUAAGAGUUAUCAUGUGUAUGUUCUGUGGUGACCCAUAUUCUGUUGAAAAUGUUUUGUCACCUUUACUUAAUCAUCAGUUUUGCUUCUUGUCUUCUCCCCAUAGUGUAAUUUUAGAGACGUUUCUAGGAGACUCCAAAAGAAAGGUAGAGGUGAUUGUUUCAUCAUUCCAUGGUGCAAAUGCAUUCCGGGACGAAUUAGUUCAUGGUUUUAUUCUUGUUUAUUCUACAAAGAGAAAAGCAUCUCUAGCUACUUUAAACGCCUUUUCCAUGAACAUUCCAAAUCUUCCUAUUCAAAUCCUUGCAGUUACUGAUUCUGGCAGCGCCACAGCAUUUUUUAACGACGAUCUAAGUCAAAUGCUUAUAACUGAAGGUAACUCUACCGCUGAUAGGCUUGGAGCACAUUUUAUGACAUCUUCAGCAGUAAUGCAACCAAAAACUGCGUUCUUUACACCUUUCUUUAAAGAAGUGUGGGAAAAGAAACCAGAAAUUGAACAAGCUUUCCAUAUGGAGGAGCCUUCAGGUUUAGAUAGUGGAGAAGGAACUUUAGAAAGAUCCAGGUCAAUUGGAAGACAUGGGCAUCCCAUGCCACCACCUAGAAACGAAAGUUACUAUCUUAAAUUAGGUAAUGAAGGCAGUGAAAGUGAAAACUUUGACCUUAGCGGACCCGAUGAUAAACUCAGUUCCAGUGAUCACAGUGAUAGAUUUUCAAGUAUUUAUAUGUAUGGAAGCGAAGGUUCUAUGGGAAAGAAAAGACAUAACCACUCUGGGUUACAAAUAUAUCCGCCACCGGCAACGCCGCCUGAGCCUGCGCCUCCUGAUAAUAUAGGUUCUAGAUAUUCCAAGAAAUCUUUGAUGUCGUCACAAACUAGUUUGGAUGAUGUUAAUUAUGGAGAUCCAGGUAUAUCAAUUCCUGGUAGCACAUGGAAUAAUUACCAACAACACGCCUUUACAACUGGAAGGAGGCAUAUUCCUUUAUCAAAGUCUCGCUCUAAAGGCAUAUCACAAACUCUGAAACAACCGGGAAAGUUAAAUAUGAAGAACUAUUCCGCAGUUACAGAAGCAAUCGCUCGUAUGAACAUGAGCGAUGGAAAUUUUGGAAGUGCUCCGUUAGCCACUCCAGAAACUGUAGAUUUGGGUAGUGAAUAUGCUCAAGUCAAAGAUAUGGUGCAUAUGUAUCCUCCUGAUUCUGAAUACAUGUACACUAUGGUUCAGGACGCGAUCAGUGGUAAGACUAAAUUGAGACAGCGCCGUGAAAAGGGACAACCCAGUUAUUCCGAUUCUGACAGCGAGUGGUCGAGUUUAGAACGAAGGCAAAGAGCUAGUGAAAUAUAUUCAAAAGUAAAUCGAAAAGGCGGUACUCAUAAACGACAAAGGAAGAAACGCACUGCCAUACCUGUUCAGCCUCCCAGGGUACCUCAACUGGGAGCGUUUACGAUGCCCUCUGUACAUUCACCGUCAGUCGAAGGUGACGAAAAGGUGAACGUAGCUACCGAAUCUAAUUCCGACUCGUCUGAGGCUAGCGAGGGUGAACAGUUCCCUCAAACUAAUAUCGGAGACAUUCGACAUAAAUUCGCCCAGAAACGAAGCCAAAGCCUGAAAAAACGCAUGCCCGAUCUACCUAACGCUCACGAAUUUUAUAUUCAUUUAAAUUUCGUUAGAUUUAUUACCGGACAAGCAAACUCGUAUGGGCUCAUGCACGAAGACGAGUCGAGUCUUGACGUGUCGUCACCGAGAGAUAAUAAUUCUCCCAUGUUCGGCGUGUUUCCCAAGAUGAAGGAAAGCGACAUCGAAAAGAUUCUGCGGAAGAGGGAGAAACAGAAAGCCAAGGACGACUCCAAACUAGAAGAAGCGGUUAAGGAGGAAAAAAUUAAGAAAAGUUGCGAGGAAAAAGACAGGAAGCGCCAACAAAAGACGAAACAGAAGGCCGCCGUAUUACCCAGCGGAGUCCCAUCUAAACUGACAGACUAUAUUCAGUCUGACAAAAACUAUAUUCCGAUCUUUAUGGAAAAAUGCGUUAAGUUUAUUGAGGCGGAAGGACACGAUUCGGAAGGAAUAUACCGUGUUCCCGGCAACAGAGCCCACGUCGAUUUGUUAUUUCACAAAUUUGAGGAAGACGCGAACGUAGAAAUUCACGAACUAGAUAUACCUGUUAACGCGGUAGCGACAGCACUGAAAGAUUUUGUUUCAAAACGUCUACCGCCUCUGUUCGACGAGAAUGUGAUGUCAGAAAUGGAGGAGAUCGCGGGAACACGCAUGAAACCUAUGGUUACUACCACCGGCAACAUCGAAGUUAAAGCGGACCGAAGUUGCAGACUUCUCGCGCUCAGACAAAUGUUAGACAAGCUGCCGCCCAUCAAUUUCGCCAUCCUCAAGUUCAUGUUCCAACAUUUCGUUAAAAUCACCGAAAACUCCAAGUUAAACAGCAUGGAUUCGAAGAAUAUGGCCAUUUGCUGGUGGCCCACGUUGUUGCCGAUUGAGUUUAGCGACAUGGGUCGUUUCGAGCAAAUGCGACCGUACCUGGAGGACAUCGUACAAACCAUGAUCGAUCAGUACCCUUUCUUGUUCUGUGGGAAGGAAGCGUUCGUUAUGGUGUAAAUUCAUAACAAAUUACACUCCGAUCGUUGCCAUAGAAGUAGUUUUUUACGAAAGAGAAACAGAAUGAUGCAAACGACUCUAAAAGACGCACAACUUGCCCAGUCAAGGCUCCGUUGAGGUCGUGCGACCUCUUUGUUAAACAAUUUUAGAGGCCUUGGUGUUCUUAGCGAUGAAUAACUAACUGUCUUAUGAUGCAGUCUGCGUUUAUUCAUUUCUAUUAAACGCAAACUGUUCGUUAAAACGAACGCUGACCGAUCUGAAGUCAAUAUUAUGAAAU